UAUGACAACAAACAUGGCGUCUUCUUUUAUGUAGAUAACGUUCAGGUCAAGCAUUCUCRGCAUUUUGACCAAUAUCCGGUCAUCUUACUUAUCCCGAAGAAUUCUCUAGAUAAGGUAGGAUAGUAAAGAAUGGUCUCUUUUUGCACUCCUACGUCGAACGUAAAAACGAUGACAAUAUUUCAUUGGUGAGUGCAUCGACCGUGAAGAUAUCGUGAAGCAGUAGAAGAAAUCGUGUAAAUCACGAUACUGUCUUCCCACGAUGUCCACUGAAGAUGCUUGGUUCAUAGCCGAGAGACUGCGAGAAAUACUUCAGUCUCGACACUUCAACAAGGACGAUUUUGAAGGUCGUCCAUUAAAACUGUCCCAAGCUUUCUGUCUUCUGUGGCAGAAUAAAGAAAAUGGUGAAGUUUCUGGUCGACAGAGAUCAGGGCGAAUUGCAAAUGCUGCUGUUCUUGCUGUGUUAUUAGAUCUGUUUGCGUUGGGAAAAAUUGAGUUUGAAGCUCAAGUAAAACAGUGGAUUGCCUUGGGAAGAAGGAGAGAGAUAACAUACGUGAAGGUUAUAGAUCCAUCACCUACUGGCACAUUCCUAGACAAAGCCCUCUUUUCUGGUAUUCUAUAUAAUUAUAGCAACACCCCUGAUAAACCCAAAACACUAGAAGAAUGGAUUCUCCAAGGGUCUUAUCUGAAUCCAACCUGUGCUACUCAAGUGCUUGACAGCCUUGUAGAGGCUAAAAUAUUUGGAAAGACUUCAGUGCUUUUCUGGAAAAAGUACCCAACAAUCAAUCCAGAACCUGAAGCAAAGCUGGUAAAAGAGCUAAGAAGCAUAGCUCUGCAAGGACAAGUAGCCGAUGGUUACAUGUGGACAUUGAUUAAGUUAUUGAGUGAUGCUGACACAAGUCUAUUUGGUAAAAGAGAUCUGUUAAGCCAGCAUUUCUCCAAUGAAGAGUUUCCCAGGGCCAAGUCGUGCUUCACAAGUUUGACGUUUAUAGAAAGUGAAUCAAGGAUUGAUGCAAGACAGCUUCAAGUUGCACAAGAAUUGCAGGUGGUGAAUGACCAGAGUAAAAAGGGAGGAGUUGAGGAGGUUGCAGCUGUUGGUCCUUCUUGCUCUCCUCAAGAAGUUAAUGUUGUGAUAAAAAAAGAAGAACAGAAGAAAAGCUUCUGAACCUGAAAAAUCGAAACUUUUGGAUAAUGCAUAAAAUGCCUCGGAAAAAUUCACUGAGCUCUUGUGGUUAUUUUGAGAGCUGGCUCUGCCAGGACUGCUCUUAUUCAUAGAAAGAGGAGCAUAGUUAGAACAAAACACUCAAAAAUGGUUCCAGUUAGCCUACACUGUUAUUGAUAAAAUAGAAAACAUGUGCUGUGUGCUGUGGAAAUUGGCAGCACAUGAGAGAUGCCUUGUGGAGUACCUCUUAACACCUCUCGAGUGUUAAUCCAAUCCCCAUAAGUUCUUUAUAUUUGCACACACAAAAAAAAAAACAACAAGCAAGACUAGUUUUUUCAUUUCUCUUAUAAAAUGCCCUGAAUCACUCUAAUAUGAAAAGGCGUUUUGUUUUGAGACUGAACUGUAGCAGAGAUAAUUCUGUGAAAACUGUAAAAACUAUAUUUUUGCCCAAGAUUUUAUGCUGUAUAUAUAUGAAAUAGGUCCCAAAACACAGUAUGUGGCACGCCACCAAUAUCCUAGCCAACGUAUUUAAGACUGAUUAUUUGCUGUUCCGAGGUUUAGAAAAAAACUGGGUGAAGUUGGGAUUGCAAUGCAUUGUUGGACCUUUUAGGGGACAUAUUUAGGGACACAUUUAGGGGACAAUAUAGACGUAAUUUACUGCAAUGCCAACUCGACUCCGUUUAUCUUUGAAAUGCCUAAUGGUGGUAUUAACUAAAAACAGUGACACUUAAAAACACGUUUAAAUAAUAUUUUAAUGUGGUAUGUGGAAUAACAAUUUAAUAAGAAAGAACUAUGUAAAAAAGGUUGUACAUAUGCUAACGUUUCGGACAUGGGUCCUUUCGUCAGAGUGAAAGUAUCAUUAAGUAUA